AAUAGUCCUUUCGACCGAUAAGACGAUUCGCUCCAGCGAUGCUUGAAAAUUGCAAGAGAGUCGUAAUUAUGGCCCGCGAUUUUUUUAUCAACAUUACGGUUGACAAGCGAUAAACGCUUUCGGUUCCGCAACUAGAUAACGUUUCGGAAAACCUUGGCAAACGGGAAGAGAGAAGAACAUGCCCACUUGUCGAGCGAUAAUUAGUCGAUCGUUAGUCGGAUACUUUCUCGCGGGAUGCAUUGUGUCACUGUCGAUGCAGAGCCUCGCACAAGUCGAAGGCAGGAAGUGCGUGUGCACGAGCAAAGCUUGUAAAGAAGCUGGUGUAGAUACUUGUAGAACGAGAUUCUUCUGUUAUACCGAACUUAUCGUGACAGCGGGACAAGAAAUCGGUGAAAGUGCGACUACAAGAGGAUGCACGGAGGGUGCCACGCCAUUGUUAUGCGAAACAAAGUCCUGGGUCACGAGGUCACGAUCGGUCAACGCCAUGGAACUGUCGGCGAGUCCCCGGGUUCUCGUGCCUUGGCCCAGAUUGAAAUGUUGCAACAGCCAUGACUACUGCAACGCUUACGAUGACAACGAUGACGACGACGACGGCGACGGCGACAACAACGACGACAACGUUGACGACAACGAUAACGAUGACAACGACGAGAAUGCGAGCACGUGGACGCGCGAGAGAAAGGUUCAAAUGAAUCAAACGCAUUCUACGAUGGAUCGCGAGAUGCUGAUGGACGAGCUAACGUCAACAAAUCGCAAUACGAUACUAACAUUGCAAUCUGAUCGGAAGUAUGACGAUCCGACAAAAUCGGCCGACCAACUUCUCCGGAGUCGCAUCAGAGCGUUGCACAUCGCCGCUCUCGUCCUUGCUGUCGCAGCCCUCAUAUCCGUCCUGGCGUCUUGCUACGUGGUUACAAGAUUCCUUAGAAGUGAUCGUUACAUAAUGGGCACGGUAAACUAUUCGUGAAUAUGAUGCCGAAAUUUAAUAGAUAUCUACAUUGUGAUUCGACAUCGGGAUUUUGUGGUUUUUCCUGCAGCGGAAUAAGUUAAGAUAUAUAGGUAAAGUAUUGACAGUAUGUCUAAUAAAACAAAAUAAAUAUAAAUUUGGUAUAUUAUAUAGAGAGUAUAGUAAGAAGAGAGAUAAGUGCAUUGUUGUGCAAUUACACAAUGUAAUCUUUUAUUUCGAAUAAGUC